AUGGCGAUCUCUUGCAGUUCCUUCAAAGUUUUAGUUUUCUUCUGUUGCGGUAAGUCAUGCAUAAUCAACUAAGGGUCAAAUGAACAGAUUUAAAAGAUUUAAGCGCAUAGCUUUUCAAAAUAUAACUGCUAAAGAACAUUGCAUUAACUCAGAUUUGCGAAUUGAAGCUCCGACUACUGUUAUACAAACUAUGCGGGGAUUACUCGAUCCCGAAAGGUUUAUUUUCCCUUUUUUGACCCGGGAAGUUCCUUUCCUCUGAGCAGAACCGCUCCUAACGAACUUCCACAACUGAGCUCAAUUGCUAUGCGUCCACAACAAGGAAUCAGUGCUCUGGGCUGUUUUAUGUUCAAUGAAGAAUAUUUCGUACGGAAAAAAUACCGACAGGAAAAUAGAACGAUGUGGAUGCAAUCGAAAGUGAAGUAACUUCUUCGACAGUCAUUACAUCCUUUCCUUUUUCGGAGUUAUCUGCACCUACUUGUGCAUAAUAAUGGCUAGGGAGCGACGUAUCCCUAAUCUAUAUUUGAACUGAUUAAUGUCUCGUGCAGUCAGAUUUUCUUCUUUUCGUAGUUGUCUCUGAAAUGAUUUCCAAUCCGGUAUCCAUGUGUGUUAAAGAGGGAAUUUUUACUUUUGGCGAGCUUGCAUAAAAUUCCUUUAAUCGUCAGCAUCACACAUUGCAAAAGUUGUGAAGUUUCAUAUAUGCAGUCCUUGGUAGAGGCAUCCUUUAAGGUGUUUGGGACGAAUUAUUCCCAUUUUUAGCCUUUUUAAAGUUUAUAUUUAACUUCAUUUCCUGGUUAGUUAUUUCAGUAGCACUGCACAGUCACUCACUUAUUGACCAUGUUGAAUUUUAAGUAUAACAUCAAUGAUGCAUUUUCUUGUAAAUAUCGCAGACUCGGUGUGCAAUAUCGCGGAGUGAAGCGAUAAUCUAUAGCUUUACGCACGGUCAUUUCAGCUAUCUAGAUCUGUAAAGCAAUAUUCUUUUUCAGGGUAGCUUUAUCCCCAUUAGUGAGAAAAUGGUCAUGAUUGAAAUGUUUCAGCCAUUACUAGGAUUGCAUCUAUUCCCCCCCCCCCCCCCCCUAAAGAUCUUUCUGUUUUCAGUUCCAAUAUUAUGCCACUAUAAAGAAAGACGUCAUCGAUAUUUAAAGAAGGAACUCACGCAAAGAAACCAGUUUUAAGCAAAUCUAUUUUUGUUGCAUUUAUCAGUGGAACCUUGAUCUAUUAAAGUUUCUGUGAUGAGUUGGUUUUACUUUAAAAUUAAUAAGAGAUUGCAGUGGGACAAUAGUUUGUGUCAGUUGAACACAGGGCUUCAUGCACUGAAAUUUCCAUUAAUGCGACAAGGGGUGGUCAAUAAAUAGAACUUAUCCGUAAUUUUCAAUUUAUUUGCAAAAUCACUGACUUUGUUUACAACUGUCAAAGGAGUCGUCCAAGACUCAUAUUGUAUUAAAUAAAAUCCAGCAUUUUUUUUACAUAAAACUCGAGGUUUUCUUUCAUUUCACUUCAGUUACACUCUGCAAGUACAUGCACCAUUUUUUUUCACUGUCUUCCUAUUUGGUGCCAAUAUGUCUAGAGGAAAAGCUGAAAGCCACUUAGCCCAAAUUUUGUUCAAAUUUACGGCUUAUGCAAUGAUUGGCAGCGAGAAGUUAAACGUUUAAGAGAGAGCACUCUUUGAAAAAUUUCAAAUGACAAGAGUUUAAUUGAAGAGGAUUUUUUCUUUCUUUCAUUCAACAGCACUUUUUUUCUUGUGCGUCGCUGAUGAAGUGAAUAAAAAAGACGACAACACGAAAACAAUUCGUGACGAUGAUGUCAAGGUCAAAAUUCAUGGUGCUUCUGGAAAAAUCAAGAUUGCUCGGGCCGAGAAGGACGACAAAGAUGAUGAUAAAGACGGCAAAGAUGAUGAUAAAGACGACAAGGAUUCGAAAGAUAGUGAUACCCCAGAUAAGACCGACGAUGUUGACGUAGAGGUUAAAGAUAGUGUAGAAAAAAAGGACAGCGACAGCGAUAAAGAUGACAAAGACACGGACGAUGAUAAAGAUGAUGAUGACUUUGAAGACACCAACGAUGAUUUGCUGACUUUUGAACUUGAUGACAUUAAAGAGAAAGAUGACAAUGAUAAUGAUGUGGCCGACGACAAGCAUUCAGUGGAUUCUCUCAAGGAUGUACAGUUUCAAUUUUCUCCUGUACAGACAAACGACAGAUCCUUCGGAAUCCCGGCCAUCAAUGUGAACCUGACAGGCCGACUUGAAGAUACCGAUGCCAACGUUCAGAUCAUGGUCUACUUGUUCCGUCAGGCAGGAUCCAUCACGUUUGGCAACGAAACGUUUCAGGUUCAGCCAGGGACGGUGAAGUUCAACAUAAAGGUACGUGGCCAAAAAAUGUUCGCGUACUAUGCUUUUUUAUGCGCUAUUUUCUAUAAAAAAAACACUGGGGUAAAGCAAAGAAUAUGUAUAGAUUUAGCCAGGGCUAAAAGCGAAGCUCUCAUUAAUAUACUUAUACUUUACUCAAACAAAAAAUAAAUAUCGAGCAAUGCUAAACGGCGAAGGCAACAAGAACUGCAAAAAAAAAAAAAAAAAAAAAAAAUCAGUAGUCUACUACAACAUGAAACAUUCUAGUUACACAUUUUAUGGCAAAAAAGUGUCGUACCAAAGAUUUUGUUGCUUGUGUUCCUGUUCGGUUUUUUUCACUGCCGCUGGUUUUUACCUUACUGGCUUCUUGCUCACCGCUAGCAUUUCUCAUUUUCUCACCGCUGAUAUAAAAUUUUCAUGUUGGUUUUCCAACAAAAUUCGUCUCUUUUGUCUUUUUAUCUCUCACUCUAGCUCUUUCUGUGUUAUCCACGUCAGUGUAAACAUUCAAACCAGGAGCUAAUCGGCUCCUGUUCAAACUUAGUCGAAAAAAGACUCGAUCUUGUUGUCGUGCUGUUGUUUUUUCUCUAUGAGGUGGCCACCCGAUUUCGCGCCAAAAACCCCGAGUUCCAUUUGGGUUGCCAUACCUGUCGAUUGCGUUAUUUUACAUUGGUAUGCCUGUGGUGCGGACGAAAGCGUGGACGGGUGGACAUACGGUCAUGUGACUACCAAAAUUUCUCGGAUGCAUAGAUAGACAAAUUUUUUUACCCACGGUGCUCCGCUGCGCGCGCGAGAGCUCCGCUAUCAAACAGUGGCCGAUCUAGGGUAGGAACCCGGUGGGGGCCAGCCUCGCUCCUUAUUAUUUUAUAGGCCCCCAGGGUCAAGAAAAUGACUUUUCAGGCCGGUAUCUCCUCUUGUCUUAGGAACUGGAUGAGCGCCCCCUCACCCCCCCACUUCACCACAACCACCACCACCACCACAACUAACUUAAAUAUCUGAAUCUGCCACUAUGAAACCAGUGCACAUGAUUAAUCUCAAGUCUCCCUGUUGGUAAAGGCACUCAGUUAUCAAUAAAUUAGACACCAUGCCAUGAAAAUUGGCUGCGACAGUUGAAAUAUAAUAAAAAUUUAAUAAAAUAAAAGUUUUCCAUAUGAUCACGAAAGCCAUUGCAACCACUAUAGCCAUGGGAGUAACGAACAAACAAACGUUGUCCCAUGAUACAAUGCAUAUCCACACUUUUCAAGGUACUCGAUUGGCCCUAGUUAUUUCUCAGGUAACCGAAAAUUAUGAACCUGUGAAUCAAGGCCCUCUUUAAUCCUUUAUCUCUUCGUAUUUUUCAUUUUAUAGAUUAGCGAGUGGGAUUUCUGUGAGAAUAAUACUCCGGGCUGCAACAGUGUAGGCCAAUUCCUGGAUCUCAGUAUGAGAGUCAAGAGCAAGGGAACUCCAUCUGAAGUAGACGACGACGACGACCGCAAAAAGGCUGUUUGUAAGGACGAUAAGGAUGAUGGAAAAGAUAAAGAUGAUAACGAUGAUGAUGAUGAUGAUGAUGAUGACGAUUGCCCUCAUCUAUAUGACAUGGGAGGGGACUCAGAAAUGCUGCUUAACAAAGGGGUAGGUUUGAAGGAUCCCAUAUCUUUGUAAGUCUUGUAAGCAUCAUGCAUACGUGAGGUGCUUUUUGCUUAAGGUCCAUCGCGAAACAUAAACGAGCAUAACUGCAAAAAGGAUCUACGAUCACUAAAAGCACUGCCAUUCCUGUUUAGAGAAUCUUUCAAUUGCAUCAAUCCAUGAUGUCGCCCACACUGACCUCCCUUUUGAAUCAUAUCCAAUUGUUUUAAAGUUCUAGUAAAUCACAUAGGCUAUGGGUUAAUGAAGAUGUAAAGGUCAUAUGAUAGCUACUUAGGAUGGUGUGUUUGGGACUCCAUUCUACUAGAUAAUCUCCCUGAUAGCAGGGCUAAAGUAAAAUUAUAUUUUAAAGGAUUCCUCCUCGAACGUCAACCUUUUUUGUAAGAAAGUAACUUAUUUUGAAGCUUCCUCUGCCAUUUGUUGUAUCUGUUUCAAUUUAUAUGGCACUUUCCGCCUCGUCUGAAAAGAAAGGAAGCCGUGGGUUAGAAGUGUAACAGCAAAAGAGGGCGGCCAAUUCCAAAUUCAAAGUGGAAAACCUUUAUCGUGGUAAUGAGUUUCAUUUGUAUGAGAAAGACAUCAUUUUUAAGUCAAUGGCUUCGCACUUUGCCUCGCUUUGAAACAGAGGCUUGGGGCAUCUCGAAAAUGGCCUAUUUCGAGUAUCUCUGUUUAACUUGUCACUUGUCAUUUUCCAGGUGGAGACCGAUGAUGGCAAUUACUCACCCAUGCCGCAAGGAUAUCCCAAAGUGGAGCGCGAUGGUGACGCGUCAAGAUUUGUUUUCCGCAUACCCAAAUUCAACAAAAAUGUUCUCUUGGAUCCAAGCGUGACACCAGGCGAAAAGAAAGUCAAAUCAGGAAGCGCUGCGUCGUGGUUGCAGGUCAACUUUGUCGUUGCUAUGUUGCUUCAACUGGUUGCGAUAUUUGCAGCUCAGUAACAUCACAAUACUGGAAUUAUAUUGACUCAAUAUUGAGAUUAAGGAUCACAUUGAAGACAAACUGCAAACGGCAAGAGACGUUCACGUGAUCAUCUUUUCCCGCCUUUUUACGCUUGCGGCUUAUAUUUUCCGUUUCCAACCUAACAUAUUAUAGAAACAGCGUUGUCAAACGAAAGUGAUAACUGUAUUUUAUAUCGUUGUCGGUUAUAUUGGAAAUCGUACGUUUAUCUCUGCCAUUUGCUGUUUGCUGUAAAGGUAAUACUUAACCUCUCUAAUAUCGCUAAUACACACCACAUAAAUAUUACAACAUUAAUAUAAUGGACAUUCCAGCUUCUAGUUCAAGAUGCAAGAGAGAAAUAUUUCGAGACGAAUCGUUUUAAGAACAACUGCACAUGUUAAAAGCAGUAAGACAAGAAAAUGACGUUUGUUUAGUGACAACACGCAGAGGUGUCAAAAUCAAGAGAAUUUGGCAGUUUUUUAGCGUGGCAUUAUUACCGAGACAAUUGAUAAGAAGCUUAAUUCAUGCUAAGCAUUUAACCCAAUAAAGAUCAAUGGAAUUAUAAGACUUGGA